CAAGAGAUGGUGACCUGGUAGCUGACAUCCUCAAAAGGAAGAAAGAAAAAAAAUAAUCUUUUUUGGUUAGGACUUAGGAGCGGCGGCGAUGGCGUCAGCCGGCGGCAAGCGGCCGGUCCUUCUGCUGCGCCGCACCAAUGACCUCGUUGCGGCCGAGCUGCGAGCACGGUUCCGCGUCCUCAACUUCUACGAAUCGGGCGCUCCCCUCCUCUCCUUCCUCGCCGCCGCCGCCGCGGAUCCCGAUCCCCCGCGCGCCGCCCUCGUCGUCGCCGGCGGAGCCAUCCGGGUAGACUCCGCGUUCCUUGACGCGGUGCCCUCCCUCGGCUGCGUCGUCACCACCGGCGCAGGCGUUGACCACAUCGACCUCGCCGAGUGCGCGCGCCGCGGGGUCGUGGUGGCCGGCGCCGGCAACACCUUCUCCCCCGACGUCGCAGACCACGCCAUCGGCCUCCUCAUCGCCGUGCUCCGGCGCAUCUCGGCGGCCGACCGGUACGUCCGCCGCGGACUCUGGGCGUCGCGGGGGGAAUACCAGCUUGGAUCAAAGCUAAGUGGGAAGCGUGUAGGGAUCAUCGGGUUGGGCAGCAUCGGAUCCCUGAUUGCGAAGAGGCUCCAAGCAUUCGGCUGCACCAUCUUCUACCACUCCAGGAGGCCAAAGGAUGGUGCCUCCUACAGGUUCUUCCCCGACGUCGGCGGCCUCGCCGCUGCCUCCGACGUGCUCGUCGUCUCGUGCGCGCUGAACGAUGAGACGCGGCACAUCGUCGACAAUGGCGUCCUGGAAGCCCUGGGGAAGGACGGCGUGGUGGUGAACAUCGCUCGCGGCGGGAACGUCGACGAGGCGGCGCUGAUCAGGGCGCUGGAGGAAGGGAGGAUUGCGGGUGCAGGGCUGGAUGUGUUCGAGAAGGAGCCUGAUGUGCCGGCGGAGCUGCUGUCCAUGGACAACGUGGUGCUCACGGCGCAUGAAGCUGUCUUCACCACGGAGUCCACCUGCGGCCUGGCCGACCUGAUGAUUGCAAACCUGGAAGCCUUCUUCUCCGGUGAGCCAUUGCUUACCCCUGCACUUUCCCAAGUGAAACAUGGAUACUACAAGAGAGAUCCAUGAACUGAAGUUUCAUGCAUGGUCUGUGAAUGCCACUGCCAAAUAAUGUUGCCUAGCUAGCUGCUUAGAGGUUAUUACUACUUGUUGCUGUAAUUGCCAAAGGCAAAACAAGUAACUACUAUUGUCAGUAUGUGUUCCAGUUUUAGAGAAGUAGUUACAGUUGUCAUCUUAAUCUUGCUAAGAGUGCAUGCUUGUUUGAGGAACCAGGAUAGUAAAAGUGCAUUUUUCAUAACAAAUGUGUGAACUUUAGGCUCU